AUGCCCAGCAGUGACGAGGCCGCCGAAGCGGCCGACGAGGAGGCGGACGAGAGGGCCCUCGAGGACGAGGGCGAGCCGUCGGACCUGCGGGAGAACUUGAUCGUCAAGGGCGCUGUCGUGGAGGCCGAGUACCCCUUGGGAGUGCUAGCAGUCGGAGAAGGCGCUGAGCGAAAGUUUGUUGCUGCCUGCGCCGUUGGGGAGAGCGCCGACGGUUCUGUGAUUGUGGCUUUCCCGGGGAAGUGCUGGAACCGUGCCGCUGCUAAACGAGUAGUUGGCCUAGACUUUGUGAGGAAGGUUUCUGCUGCCCGGGUUAGAUGCGCUAGUGCUGAAGAUCGUGACCGGCCGCUCGAGGGCGACCUCAGGAUUUGCUUAGGGCUUCUUACGGCCGAGGGAGAGGCCGCCUUCGACUUCGCCAAGGACUUCGACACCGAGAUCGAGAUUCACUUCAGCUUCGGCACCUCCGAGCAGCCAGAGCUACUACCCCACGCCGGCUCCUUGGCCGAACUGGCCCGGGGCUCCUUCGAGUUCCUCACCGCCGAGUCCGGCGUGCCCGAGCAGCCAGAGCCCCCUGUUCGGUCAAAGGGGCCCGACCUGGAGAAGAGGCUCAAUAAGCUGGAGGGAUGUUUCGAGUCUAUCCAGGCGGACCUCAAGAAACUGGUUUCGGCAAAAGCCGAGGCAGGCGCCCCUUCGGCCGCUUCAGACGGCCGGACAAAGGCCAAGACGGCGCCGAGCGUCCCUGCCCGAAAGCCGGUGAGCACAAGCUUAGAGGGCAUGGAUCCGGGCGUGGUUCGGGCGGCUUUGGACUCAGGCAUCGACCUCAAGCACAUCGAGGAGAUGGGGAGGUUUCUUCGAGGGCAGGGAAAGCCAACCGCAGACGAGCCCCGCGCCACGGCCAAGCUGGCAGAGGGGAAGCGGAAGGAGUCGAGUCUCGAAGCUCUCCUCGACGGGUCUGGAUCUGCAGACGCCAGCUCGGGCCCGACGUCAUCGCGCAAGAAUGCGGCAGCUCUGAGGGCUUUGAGAGACCGCCUGAGGAGUCACCCGAAGGAGCUCAUCAAGGUGGUCGAGCGGAACAUGGAGUCCGACUUCGCCCUGCGCUCCGUGGUGCCGGGGAGCAGCCAGGUCCCGGUGUCCUGCAGGGCUUGGUUAGAAAGCCGUUCGCGGGUUCAACAUUAUCCCUCGACUAUCAGGUUUCUGUGGAUCAUAGCAGGGGUCGCCGACGCUCUUCGCGAGGACAACCGCGAGGAGGCCUACUUGAGAUGCCUGCUGGGGCUUGCAGCAGGAGACCAGCUCUCCAUAGACAGGGGGAGCUGGAACGUUGCCGGGGAGAUGCUCCUCGAGGAUCCGCCGCCGUUCCCCUCUUUCACAACCCACACUCUGCCGAGUGGCGCGGAGAUCCCCUUCACCAAGCUCGUGGAUGCCAGGUGGAUGGAGCUCUUCAUGUCAAGGCUGAGGGAGGUCGACUUGUAUUUGGAGACCCGGCGCAAGCUUGCGGGGCAGUCGGCAGCAGGGCGGCGAAGCGAAGAUGGUGGUGUUCCUCCGCCCAGAGGCGAGACAGAGGAAAAUGCGGGGGCCCCCAGGAGGCCGCCGAAAGGGAAGGGCCGAGGCUCGAGAGGAGGGGCGAUGAUGGAGCCUGUACGUGUUCCUGGGUCUGGUGCAACAACCGUGGAUCCCGUCGCUCUUUGGAAGGCCCUCCCCCGUCUUUUGCUCGCAGGCGACAACUCGUUUGCAGUUUUCUUCAGCAGCUACUUUCGUUGUGCCCAAGAUCGUCCCGAGCCGGGACACACCGCCUCUUCCCCCUGGCCGAUGCCUUUGCCCUACUUUGGAGCCUGUGAUGGGGAGAAAAAUGUGAGUGAGAGUCUCAAUGAUGGUCGGCAGGAGAGUGCUUUGAAGGUCGCAUUGAAUAUGAUUGUGGCUUCUUUGUCCUGGCUUCACCUUGGCAGGCCUCGGGAAGCCCCUCUUGCUGUUCGAGGUUUUCGCCAUUUGAGUUCCGAGCAGUGGGCUCACGUAAAUCGGUUGGCGGGGAUGAUGCGAGAUAUUGUUUGCCAUUCGCCUGUUUCUGCUGAGGACAUGGGUCGGGUGGCCUCGAAGAUCGAGAACCUUGAGGAUGUCGCUUCCAGCCUUCGGAAGAAAGCAGAUCGCUUGGCCGUUCUUUGCCGAGGUUACGGCCACAGCUCUGGGGCGGCUCGAGUAGCCGACCCAGUGGAGAUGGAUUUUGUGCAGGAGGUGCGAGGCAGUCUUGGGUCCAACAUGACCGCCAAACCCGUUGUUGCCUCGCGCCUCGAGUUCGGUGAAGCCCCAAAGUUCAACCCUUCGCAGUACAUGGAUGCCCUGAGCUUGGACCACUAUCUCUACCCGAUUGAUCACUCAGUUCCUGAAGAUCAGUGCCCCGAGGCCCCGCCGCGAGCGCGGAUUCUUGCUACCCCGGUGGAGAAGCUUGCACUCUUCAGGAAGCUCGACCAAGGUGGGAGAUUGCGGUUCUUGCCCGCGACGAUCACUCGACAGCGUUGUUUGAAUGGUUUGUUCUCAGUGCCUAAAUCGCUGGCUGCUGACAGGCUUAUUCUUGAUGCCCGUGGCCCCAAUCUUCUGGAGGCCGGACUGAAUCGAUGGACGCAAUCCUUGGGUUGUGCUGAAGCCCUCCUGCAGAUCCGCCUCGCCGAGGGCGAGGUGCUUGUGCUCUCGGGUGCGGACCUUAAGGACUACUACUACCAUUAUUGCAUCAGCUCUCAGCGGCUCAUACGCAAUGCUCUGGCAGGUCACAUAGAUGAGUCCACCGCUCGCAGCUUCAGCUGCUUUGAGGAGCACCUCUCUGGCAAAGGCCCGUACAGAGCUUCGCUGAACAGCAUGGCGAUGGGGGAUCUGAAUAGCGUUGAGUUCGGCCAGCUCGCCCAUCUCGCACUUAGCUUGCAGGCCAAGGUCUUCUCGCCCGAGGAGAUGCUCACUCUAAGAUCCCGGGCGCCACGGAGCUCCAUUGCAGGCGGGGUCGUGAUCGACGAUUUGUUCAUAACUGAGAAGCUGCCCCGCUCGGACAUCGAGGCUCUGGGAAGUGGGGCCACUGCCGGGGCUUUACGUCUCAGGCGCGCCGAGGAGGCGUAUGCUGCGAGUGGCCUCAAACAGAACUUCAAGAAGUCUUUUCGCGAGCAGCUUAAGGCCGAUGUUUGGGGAGCGGAAGUCGACGGCGACCGGGGCACUUGUAGGCCUCUCGCUUGUCGGUUGAUACCUGUCAUCUCGAUCACCGUCGACAUCAUCAAAACCCGAGCCGCUACCCGUCACAUCCUAGCUUCCAUUGCUGGCUUCUUCGUCGCCGUCUUUCAGUUCCGGCGCAGGUGCAUGUCGCUGUUGGAGGAAGUGUUCAAGGCCCCUCGAUGGCUUGAUGAGCACAAGGCCUUCCGGAUUUGGCCUGCUCUCGAAGCUGAGUUGUGGAUGUUAGUGCUGAUCUCUCCUGCCGUGCGAGCCAACCUGAGGAAUGGAUACUGCCCUGAGGUCUCUGCUACCGAUGCCUCUGACAGGUGGGAGGCCGAGGUUUCCCAGCUCUUCCCGGAGGAGUUUGUUGAGGAGCUAAGCCGCCACAGCCUAAAGAAGUCGGUGUGGACGAAGCUUCUUCGGCCCGUGCAGAUGGAAGCACGGGUUGCGGGGACGCUGGAUCCGGCCGAGGAGCUACCAGGCGGAGAUUCUUUCGGCUACCACCCAGUCUGGCAAACCCUGUUCAGGUCAGUCCAGUUCAAAGAAGUUUGGCGCCGGAGGAUAUGGAGGCCGCGGCACAUAAAUGUCCAUGAGCUCAGGACUCUGAUAGCAAGUGAGCGUCGACGGGGCCUAAGGAGCCCGUGCUCUCGUGUGGUGUCAGCUAGCGACUCGCAGGUCUCUCUAGGGGCCGUGCUCAAGGGAAGGUCAGCUUCGCCGCGUUUGAAUGGCAUCCUUCGGCAGAGUUUGCCCGAGCACUUGUCCUCCGACAUCAGUGGCGUUUACGCAUACGUGGGCACCUCCGACAACCCGGCUGAUGACCCUACUCGUCAUGCUCCUGUUCGUGCGGCUAGAGAAGCCAUGCCCCUCUGGUUGGAGCACGCCUUGGGGGGCCGUUUCGAGGAGCUCGAAGUCUUUCUGAAGGGAUGUGAGCUGGACGCGAUCAGCAUGCUGGGACUUCCUCCUUUGGACAGCAUAGUUCCCCUUGCGGUGUCAGAGCCGAAAGCUCCUCGGAACGACCGCCGGCUGCUUUUCAUGAAGGAGCUCAAAAGGUCUCCGAGCCCGCCUGAGGCAGAAGUGCUGGCUGAGGCCCUGCUGCGAGCUGACCGGGUCACUGCCGAAGAUCUCCUCGGGCUGUUUGAGCUCCUCCCUUCUGAGGUCGCUGCACGAGGAAUGGACGUCGAAGGCUCCGGCUCUUUCAGCGGUGGCCUCUUCGUCCACGAGGGAGUCGUGGGGGUCAGAAGGGCUAGUAGAAGUUUUCCUUUGAGCUGCGCCGUUGUCUCCCGCUUCGUCGAGUCCGGGUUCCCCGAGCACGAGUACACGAGCUUCACUAUCAUGAAAAACGUCAAGACGGUUCCUCACCGGGACUCCCACAACAGCUCGGGCUCAAAGAACCUGGUGAUAGGGCUUAGCUCUUUCGUAGGGGGAGCCGUCUGGGUUGCUGACGACCAAGGCGACAUCGAGGAGGAGAUCGACAACCGAGUCAUGCGAGGCCGAGAUCUCGAAGUCAGCCUUGGCGCAGUGACACUGGAUCCUCGGCAAUGGCACUUCACCAGGGAGUGGAAAGGCGACCGCACAGUUUUGGUCAUGUAUACAAUUCGCGAUUUUCUGAAGGCAUCGUUCAGUGACAUUCAGUUCCUCGCUGGCCUCGGCUUCCAUUUCCCAGCGAGUGUCUUCUUGAAGCAUCGAUCUUUGAAGCCGCCCCCUUCUGUGCUCCCUGCGGAGCGGUGCGACCUGCUGGUAGCAGGGAAAGAGCGUGAGUUAGAGCAGCCGCCUCGCGUCGAGGCUGACUUUGAAGACGGGCCUGUCCUUGACCUGCCCUACGGCCUGGCCCGCUCCCUCUUGGAGUUUGACCCCGACCAGUUCGUGCUGCCCAAGCGAUGCAAGCAGGGCCUACACGCCAUGCUGCGUCGCCCCGGGUUUCUUGAUUGCUACUCUGGUUCCCGCGGGGUUGCGCACGAGCUGGCAAAUUUGAGUGGCACUUGGGUGCUGACUUUCGACUACGCGCGGUCCUCUUCCGAGGACCUCCUGGAUGCCGGGCUGCAGGAAAAGAUUUUCUCUUUGGUACGCGGCCACGCGUUCCUAGGCGGAGGAGCUGGCCCAGUCUGCUCCUCUUUCUCGAGGGCUGUGCGUCCCAACGUGCGCAGCAAGGAGCUCCCGCUGGGGCUACAGAAUGUUCGUGCUAGUAUGCAGCAAAAGGUUCACGAGGGCAACUUGCAUGCCUCCUUCUCAGCUGCUCUCGCACGAGAAUUCGGCAAGAUUGGGCGGCCUGUGUGGGUCGAGAACCCGCACGGGAGCUACUUGUGGAACACCCCCUGGUGGGAGGAUCUGCUGAAAGACCGAGGCGCCGCCGACUGCUGGGUCCUAGACUUCUGUGCUUUCGGAGCCCCGUGGAGGAAGCGAACUCGUUUUUACGUCGGAGCCGAAGCCGGAGGUCAAAUUGUCCGUUGCCCUGGCUGUGCUAAGCAUCAACAGCUUAAGGGCUACUCCAGCUUUCACCGCCGACAGUGGACUAAGGUUGCCGAAGCUUAUCCCCGUCAGGUCAAUACGAUUCUCGCCUACCACCUGGCAAACAAAAGCUUACCUCCAGCUCUACGGCGUCGCCUCAACCUCGCCGCUUGUGCAAAGUGUCACGGAGCCAGGUUUGGUGAAGCGAGCCACCCCGGGCCAGUUCUCUCCAAGCAGAAGCUGCAGUCGCUCGAGGACGUGAAGCUGGUCUCCGCAGCUACAGCAAAGCUUCAGGUCCGCGUCGUGGAUGGGUUCGAGGAGUGGCUUCUUCAGGGUCUAAGUGAUUCUGCUCUUAAAAGCCUAGCCACCUGCGCCAUGGCCUACUGCUCUCUGCUGCGAGCUUACGGUGAUUUCCUUUUCCGUAGCGGCCAGCCCAUGUACAUGUUUCGCCACCUUCUUGCUUACAUGCAGAAACAGCGAUUGGAGCUGCGGCCCUAUAUGCCGAUGGCCUGGGAUUUGCUUUCCCGCUGGGAAAGGGUGCAGCCCGUGCGGCACCGGAUACCUAUGCCCGAGGCUAUAUUUCAGGCGCUGUUUGCUUUAGGCGCACUCCGGGGUUGGUUCAGAUGGUGUGCGAUUCUGGGCCUGGCGUACUUUGGCAUCGCUCGGGCCGGCGAGCCCCUGCGUGCUCAGAGAAAGGAUUUGCUGCUGCCCUCAGACACGCUUUCUCCGAUCAGCGUCGGCGUCUUCAUGGCAGUCCGUUCCCCAAAGACCGCUUUUCGGGGAAAAGGGCGAGUCCAGCACUUGUGUAUCAAGGACACCGGCUUCUGCUCCUAUCUGGAAUCGGUCUAUGCACGGGCCUCGCCAGAAGAUCUGCUCUACAACGGCUCCCCUUCUGCUUUCAGAAAACGCUGGGACGAGCUUCUGCGGAUCCUCGCUAUCCCUCGGUCCGUUUCCCUUACCCCUGGCGGGCUUCGGGGAGGGGGAGCAGUUCGUGCAUAUCGUGAAGGACUGGGCAUACAAGAUCUGAUGUGGAGGAUGAGGGUACGACAUGCAACUACUUUGGAGUCCUAUCUUCAGGAAGUGGCGGCCCUUUCAGUCGUACCAAAACUGUCGGCCGACAGCCGACGUCGAGUCGCUGCUGCUUGCGCUUUCUACCAGCCGGCUUUGAACUCUUCCUCGUGCAGCAGCGGCUAG